AGAGGACUCAGAGCACGGAAAAUAGCGAUUAUUCUGCAUCUCACAUAUGAGGAGCAAAAUCUCCAAGCAAAACUACUCAACAAAUCUACGGAGUACAGGUAGAGACGACAAUGUCAAGAAUUUUUCAGUAUUUCCAGAGGACGACAGUUUGCACAGAAAACUGAGAAAGUUGUCGGUACCGACAAUUACAUAUGGGAGGGCGAUGCGCCGAAAAGACAAACCAGAACACGGGGAGAGUGACGUUCCCAAGGACAAACCAGAACAUGGGUUUGGCCCCCUCGAAGACAUACUAGGAUUUAAAGAGUGUGUCUUCUACGAAGACAAACAAGAACCUGAGUAUCACGUGAUGGGAGACGAAUAUUUGCAUACUUUAAACCAGUUGGUCGAAUUACAACAACGGACCAGGAAACAAAGGCAUCAUCUGGAGAAACUGAAAGAAUCCGAUUCUCGUCUGCAAACAAAGUAUGCCACACUGGUAAAAACCAAUGAGGAACUGAUAAACCAGAAAUGUGCCCUCGAGAAAAUAGUGGAAACAUUCCGGGGAGAAGCCGAUACGGUCCCGUCUCUGCGGGAGAAGAUCAAAUGUCAGGAGAGCUGUCUAGUGGAAAAAACACAACGCAUUCUAACACUGGAGACAUCUUUAAAAUGUGUGAGGGAAACAACAAAGAAAGCCGACGAGAUCUGUUCACGUUUGAAGCCACUUCAAAGCAUUCCUGGUUUAGUUUCAUCACAUUGUGAAGCUCUGAGCCUUCAAAUCACGGAUACAACAGGCAAACUUCACGACUAUGUCAACAAUUCUAGCACACAACUUGACGAUAAGAUAAACACCUUGGUGAAGGCAUGGACCGGUUUUCGAAGUAAAGAUAUUGCUGAUGAGGAGGAUACGAAAAGUUUAAGUCAAGAAAAUAUUCCCAAACAUCUUAAACGUCAUGUUCUGCUGCUAAGCGACACAGUGGGUCCUAACUGGCUGGAUGCAGGCCGUGCUCUUGGCCUAGAUGGAGAUCAGUUGAAGAGGAUAUGGAUGGAGUGGGGACAAUACGGAAUGCGAGAAUUGACUGUGCGGGUGAUAGAAUGUUGGUGUGCGAACUGCCCUGAAUCACAACCCAGCGUCGAUGUACUCGAGACAGCUAUGAACCAGCUAGAAAUAAAUCCGCUGAAGGUGCUGCCCAUGGGUGAAGACGACAAAAGGAGACUGAGGGAGAACUACCAGCUUUUGAUUCAUGAUAUGAUGGACGUCACCCACAUAGAGGGUUAUCUUCGUCGAGCUGAAAUUCUGUCAGGCUCAGCGCUCGACUACGUUCUCCACCCCAAUACAUGUCACAAGCGAAUCAAGAGACUGCUCAAGAUCUUACCAUUCUGUGGGAGCCGAGCGCUGCCUGAGUUUAAGAACGCGUUGAUGGAGUCUAGCCAGUCUCACCUUACCUUAGCACUCGCAGGUGAGCAAUGCUCUGCUUCAAAGACCGAUUCAGAUGUCCUUGUGGAAUGCCUCGCAUCGAACAAGAGCAGCAAUCCGAACAAUUCAAAGGGUUCCCUUGUCGAAUGUCUCAAAGCCAAGAAGAGUGAUGAUCGUAAAAUUUUCCAGAGCAUCGUUGAAGAAAGUCCCCAAGCCGAGAAGAGUGAUGAUCGUAAAAUUUUCGAGAACAUCAUUGACGAACGUCUUGAAGCCAAGAAGUGUGAGGAUCGUAAAGUUUUAGAGAAGGUCCUACUACAGUGUUUUGAAGCCAAGAAGAGUGACGAUCGCAAAUUAUUCGAGAGCAUCCUUGAUGAACGUCUUGAAGUCAAGAGGAGUGAUGAUCGUAAAUUAUUCGAGAGCAUCCUUGAUGAACGUCUUGAAGUCAAGAGGAGUGACGAUCGCAAAUUAUUCGAGAGCAUCCUUGAUGAACGUCUUGAAGCCAAGAAGAGUGACGAUCGCAAAUUAUUCGAGAGCAUCCUUGAUGAACGUCUUGAAGUCAAGAGGAGUGAUGAUCGUAAAAUGUUUGGAAUGGUCCUAGAAGAACUUCAGGAAACCAAGAAGAUUGACGAUCGUAAAGUACUAGAGAAUUUCCUUACCGAACUUCUCGAAACCAAGAAGAUUGACGAUCGUAGAAGUUUGGAGAGGAUCGAUGAAAUAUUGGAACCAAGUGUACGAGUAUGUGCAGAGAUUAAACAAAUCAUUUACAUGCUCAUUGAGAAAUAUGAAAAAUUCAUGAGUUAUCAGCAGACUGACACCUCAGCAAUUUGUCCACCAAACAUGUCACAAAAACAGUGAUGCAAAACUUAUGGUCUCAUCUUCUAAAAAUCGUCGCGGUUUAUUCUGCAACCAAAUAUUGUUCAAAUUUUACUGUGAAAAAAAUUUCGCCAAAAUGUAAAUAUAUACACGCCAGCAAGACAAUGAACUGAUUCGCAAUAAAACGUGCACCCCAGGCGUGGAUGUGGGUCUGCAGUGCCUCGAUCACCAAAGGUCUUCCAGCUGGAUUGACAGAAGUCACUGAAUACGCCUUAAAGCAAGGAAGCGGCUCACCAAUUGAUACAUCAGUGAAAGUCGCCGAACAGGCCUCGAGCACGAAAAUGGAACAUCAGUUUUUACCGCUGUAAUUACUACGUACAUUUUAAUUAUUAUUUGUGUGUAAAUAAUUGUUACCACAGUUCUUAGGACAUAAUUUAUUAGUUUACUUAGACUAGAUCCGUGUGCAAUGUUUGCUAUGAAGAAUAAUUAUUUCUUAGAUGACAAACAUUUAGCAAAGAUUGACUGUUGGGUAUAGACUAGCAUUAAAUGUUGGUUAUCCUAUAAAAAGUGUUAAUGGCGGCAACAUAGGUUAUCAUAAGAGUGUUGAUAGUGACAACACUGGUUAUCCUAGCGUGUUGAUGGUGACAGCAUAGGUUAUCUUAGAGUGUUGAUGGUGACAACAUUGGCUAUCCUGGCGUGUUGAUGGUGACAACAUUGUUUAUCAUAGAGUGU